AUGGCACCCAUCACAGAAGAGACCGUCGCCGGUCUGAAGAAUGUCAUUGACAAGCUCGAAUCUCGAAUCGAGAACCUCGAGUACCGUUUGACCCAUGGAUCGGAGAAGCCCAAAUCAGUUUCAGAGCAGAUGCGCAUCAUUUUAAUGGGGCCCCCCGGCGCUGGAAAGGGUACCCAAGCGCCUAAGAUCAAGGACAAGUUCUGCGUCUGCCAUCUUGCUACCGGGGACAUGCUGCGGUCACAGGUCGCCAAGAAGACACCAUUGGGACUGGAGGCCAAGAAGAUUAUGGACCAGGGUGCCUUGGUUAGUGACGAGAUUAUGGUUAACAUGAUCAAGAGCGAACUUGAGACCAACCGCGAAUGCAAGAAUGGUUUCAUUCUCGAUGGCUUCCCUCGUACAGUCGCUCAGGCAGAACGUUUGGACGACAUGCUUAAGGCGCGCGAUCAGAAGCUCCAACAUGCCAUUGAGCUGCAGAUCGACGAUGCUCUGUUGGUCGCAAGAAUCACCGGGCGUUUGGUCCACCCGGCUUCUGGACGCUCCUACCACAAGAUCUUCAAUCCUCCCAAGAACGACAUGAAGGACGAUGUCACUGGGGAGCCGUUGAUUCAGCGGUCAGACGACAAUGCCGACACUUUGAAGAAGCGUCUCGCAACCUACCAUGCGCAGACCACGCCUGUCGUCGGCUAUUACAAGAAGACCGGUAUUUGGAGGGGUAUUGAUGCUAGCCAGGAGCCUGGACAAGUCUGGAAGAGCAUUCUUGGUGUUUUUGAGAAGAAAAACUAG